CAGCUCUCAGCCAGCUAGUCAGUGUGUUUCCAGCUGGCGAAGAUAGGCGCUCGGACAGUCGGUUCAUUCAGAUUCGGACGGUUUCAUUUUCUCAUAGGAUAGUUAUCGCCAUGGAUCCACAUAUUCUUUGGGGCAUUCUGAUGAUGCUCUUGGUUGGGGCAAGCCACACAUACGCACAAGAAAUCUAUGGGUAUUGCACAACGCCCGAUAAUAACAGUGGGACCUGCAUCAAACUCCCGGAAUGCGGAUAUCUUUACCAAAUUGUGCAACGCGGCUCGGUUUCAAGGGAAAACCGUGACUUCCUGGCAAACAGUCAGUGUGGUUACCGCAACGGGAAUGUGCUCAUUUGCUGUGCAAACAAUCGUCUGAGACCCCAGCCGUCGCCACGUCCAAAGCCCACCGUUGCAACUACUCCGCCAAGACGUUCCGGACUGCUUCCCCAAGCACCCAAUUGCGGGGAUAAUUUCGGAAAUCGCGUGGUUGGCGGCGUGGAAACGGGCAAGCGGGAGUUCCCCUGGAUGGCACUGAUCGAAUACACGAAGCCUGGCAAUGUCAAGGGACACCACUGCGGCGGAUCGCUGAUCAACAAUCGGUACGUGCUAACGGCGGCCCACUGCGUCUCCGCCAUACCCAGUGACUGGCAGCUGACAGGCGUGCGUCUGGGCGAUUGGGACACCACCACCAACCCGGACUGUACGACGGAAAAGAACGGCCAGCAGGACUGCAACGAUCCCUACGUAGACAACCCAGUGGUGGAGCGGAUACCACACCCUCAAUACCCGGGCAAUGCCAGGGACCAGCUAAACGACAUUGCUUUGCUGCGGCUGCGUGAUGAGGUCAAGUUCAGUGACUUCAUUUCGCCAGUAUGCCUGCCCAGCCUGGCAUCCCAACGCGACGAUAUUUUCCUGGGCCGCAAAGUAGUGGUGGCCGGAUGGGGUCGCACUGAAAACAGCUUCACGGCCAACAUAAAGCUUAAAGCCGAACUGGAUCCUGUUCCGUUGAGGGACUGCAACGAGAGGUACUCCAGCCAAAGGCGCACUGUUACCUCCAACCAAAUGUGCGCUGGCGGCGUUGAGGGCGUCGACUCUUGCCGCGGCGACUCCGGAGGCCCACUGCUGCUGGAGGACUACCAUGAGGGCUAUGCAAACUACUACAUUGCCGGUGUGGUCUCAUACGGACCGACACCCUGCGGCCUCAAGGGCUGGCCGGGCGUGUACACACGAGUAGCGGCCUACCUCGAUUUCAUAGAGAGCAAUGUUCGGGCCUAAGCUGCAGAUUUCCUGGUAUCGCAUCCAAGAAAGAGACGACGCGGCACUUGGAUUAUAUCGUUUUUAAAAUACAAGUUAAAUUAUACAAUAAAUAAAUUUAAAUUGUGUAGACUAAAAGCGUGCAGCUCAUCACAAUUUGAACCGAGCAACUGUACACUUAAAAGGUAAA